GUGGCCAGCUAGCCGGUUUAGCCCCAACUCGGAGGAAGGCGAGCGCCAGAAAGCGCUAAGCGGGCUCCUUUCUUUCUUUUUCGGAUGUUUAUCUUCGUUCCCGCUCCGCAGCAGCCAUGUCGGGAGACUUCGCCGCGUUUCCAAACCCAUGCAGCUUUUAAGGUCGUCCGCGGACAAAAGAUCUGUGGCUGGCUGGCUGGCUAGCUAGCGAGCGUCGCUGGACCGACGGGCUUGCAGGGGGCUCGGAGGAGGCGAGGGAGAAAAGUGUUUCAUCUCCGUCUGAGGCCACAGAUAGUUCAGGACAACAGCUCGGAGCGGGCGCUUUCGGCCGGAGGACCGCGGGGCGACGUUUUCCAACGCAAGGUCUGGGCGAUCUGGCUAAAAUGCACCACCAGCAGCGGAUGGCAGCCCUUGGCACGGACAAAGAACUGAGUGACCUGCUGGACUUUAGCGCGAUGUUCUCUCCUCCGGUUAGCAGCGGGAAGAAUGGACCGACCUCUCUGGGAAGCGGACAUUUCUCCGGCUCAACUGUGGAGGACAGAGUGAGCUCAGCAGCCUGGGGCAACAGCACACGCAUUACAAAGGGUUACGUGGACGGAUCUCAGUAUCACAUGACCAGCCGGGACCUCGGCUCACACGACAACAUCUCUCCGCCCUACGUCAACUCCAGACUGGCAGGUAAAUCGGAGAGAGCGCCGUACUCUUACGGACGGGACUCAAACCUGCACGGCUGCCAUCAGCCGGGCCUCAUGGGAGGAGAAAUGGGAAUGGUCAGUCCUGGGACUGUGUCCCCAACCAAGCCGGGCUCACAGUACUACCAGCAUUACGGCAGCAACCCCCGCCGGAGACCACUGCACAGCGACUCUAUGGAAGUCCAGACGAAGAAAGUGCGCAAAGUCCCGCCGGGCCUGCCCUCCUCCGUGUAUGCGCCGCCUGCCAGCACUGCCGAUUAUAACCGGGACUCACCGGGGUACCCGUCCUCAAAAGCACCCAGCGGCAGCUUCCCCAGCUCCUUCUUUAUGCCAGACGGUCACCACAGUACAGAUCUAUGGAGCUCCUCCAGCAGCAUGAACCAGCCCGGCUACAGUGGCAUGCUGGGAAAUUCCUCGCACGGCCCACAAAGCAGCAGCUACUGCGGCCUGCACCCACACGAGAGACUCAGUUACCCGUCGCAUUCCUCGGCGGAAAUCAACCCCAGUCUUCCACCGAUGUCCACUUUCCAUCGCAACAGCGGGACGAAUCACUACAGCGCCGCCUCCUGCACGGCCACCACGAACGGAACGGACAGCGUCAUGGCUAACCGGGCGCCGAGUGGAGCAGGAAGCAGCUCGCAGACUGGGGACGCUUUAGGAAAAGCCCUGGCUUCGAUCUACUCCCCUGAUCACACCAACAACAGCUUCUCCUCUAACCCCUCCACUCCAGUGGGAUCUCCACCCUCUCUCACAGCUGCCAGUUCGGCUGUUUGGUCCAGAAACGGUCAGGGAGCGUCUUCCCCUAAUUACGAGGCCCCCCUGCAUUCGCUGCAGAGUCGUAUAGAGGACAGGCUGGAGCGGCUGGACGAUGCAAUCCACGUCCUGCAGAGGCACGCGGUGGGUCCCUCCACGGCAAUGGCCGGCGGUCACGCUGACCUGCAUGGCCUCAUUGCACCCUCACACUCGCACAACGGCGCCAUGGGUGGCCUGGGAUCAGGAUACGGCACCGGCCUGCUGUCCUCCAACAGACACUCGCUCAUGGUGGGUCAUCGUGAGGACAGUGUUGGUCUCCGCAGUGGUCACUCCAUCGUGCCCAAUCAGGUGCCCGUCCCACAGCUGCCAGUCCAGUCUGCUACAUCUCCAGAGCUGAGCCAGUCUGACCCAUACAGGGCGCUCUCCGGUGGUCUGCAGGGUCAGAGCGCUUCAUCGGUCAGCUCGGAUAUCAAAUCAGAGGACGAGGGCGACGAGAACCUGCAGGACUCCAAGCCCCUGGACUCCAAGAAGGACGAUGUGGACAGCAAGGAGCUGAAAGCUAUAGAGAGGUCGAGAUCUAGCAACAACGAUGACGAGGACCUGACCCCGGAGCAGAAGAUUGAGCGAGAGCGCGAGAGGCGGAUGGCGAAUAACGCGCGAGAGCGCCUCCGCGUCCGGGACAUCAACGAGGCCUUCAAAGAGCUGGGCCGCAUGGUGCAGCUUCAUCUGAAGAGCGACAAACCGCAGACCAAACUGCUCAUCCUGCACCAGGCUGUCGCCGUCAUCCUCAGCCUUGAGCAGCAGGUCCGAGAGAGGAAUCUGAACCCGAAGGCUGCGUGUCUGAAGAGACGAGAGGAGGAAAAAGUGUCGUCAGACGGUCCGCCCCUUUCUCUGGGCGGGGCUCACCACAGCAUGGGCGACGCCUCCAACCCCAUGGGACAAAUGUCAAAGCUGCCAGACUUUUUCAAAAUGGUGAGCGACCACUACCUUUGACGACGUCAUUUAUGCUCCUGACCGUCUGUAAAACAAUCAGAUCCAAUCAGAUCAAUAAGUGAAGAUGAUCGACCUUCCAUCUGACCAGCCAGCUUCUUCUUCUUCUUCUUCUUCCUCAUCUUCUUCUAUUUUUAUUUGUCGUCGCUGUUUUUCGUUCCUCCUCCCCAACCCCGUCAUGAUGUUUUCUUGUAAAAGUAUAUCCUUACGUGUUCAUUGGCUAAGGAAAAAAAAAGAAAACAGAGACACACGGGACAUUUUUCCCUCUCUUUCCUUUUCAACAUUCCCGGUUUAAAAAAGGAACAGUAAAUAUGUAUGAAAAUACAAUGAAAACGAUGUUUUCUUCUUCUUCUUCUUCUUCUUCUUCUUUUUAUUUUCUUUUGGAAAAUGUGCAAAUCGUUGGGGGACUCUUCAAACAUAUCAUGAUGUUGUUUUAACAAAAGAAGAAAAAAAAAACCUUGGCAGAGCUGUUUGAGAGCAGCUCGCGGAUUUUUCAAUGGCAAUCUCUCCACACUGUGGAAAACUCUUGCAGUUGUGCCUGACUUUCUUCUUGGAGAAGUCUAAAAGAGAAAGAGUAGAUAUAUACGUUAGAAAAGAAGUCAAUCCAUUUAUCGAGAGAAAGAGAGAGAGAGAGAGAGCGCGAAAGUGACGGGGGAUAUUCAGCCACAACACAUCUGACGGGAUGAGAUGACGUAGGGAAGUUCGUGGGAAAAAUGGUCGCAAUAAUGAAUUCCUCUAUAGAUUCAAGUGCAGGAAAGUGUGAGGGCAACUUUUUAACCAGCAAACUCCUGGACGAGAUGAGUUUGAAGGCCAUUCCAGCGUUAUACGUACAGAAGUCGGAGAGAGAAAAACGAUUCGGAACCUGCACGCGAGUCGGAAGUUGCGUUCACAUUACAACCGUUGAAGCUUUGCUCAGAUCCAACAUAAACCAGUGAGGAACUUUGACCUUUUAAGCUCCAGCUGUUAGAGCCUUCCCUUCAAAACUCACUACAAAUCUAUGGGAUUUCCAGUAGUAUGUUAGCACUAAUCUAACACUGGACAGAUUUGAAGCUUGUGAAAGACAUUCCAUGUUCUGUUUGAAGCUUAUACCAGAUAUGAACUUGUAGCAGUUCUACAAUGAAGAACCCACAGAACUGCUGCUGUUUUCCAUUCCUAACUAUUCACUGACACAGCUGUGUAGAACUUCCAGAUUGACAUUAUAUCUCGCUUCCAUUGUAAAUCAAACCAUGAUUCUUCUGGCAGUUCCUAAUUAUGCUGGUGGUUAAACUAAAGGCCUUCUGUUCAGCUCCUGAAGGCCUAAGCAACGGGAGAGUUCGCCUAGCCAUAUCUACCUAGAUUGGACAGUUUUCCGUUGGACGGUUCGCGAUUUUCCAGCCAGUCCAGACACAAUAAGUAAGGCGACCUUGAAGGCCUUGAGGGCCAACUUAUCAGAUAUCUGAUCCAGGAGCAUACGUUAAAUUCACAUUUAGACCAAAAAAACCGGAUUCAACUCUGUAAUGUGAACGUAGCCAAAUUCCCAGGAUCAGUCAGGAUGUGCCGUGUUCUGUCCUAAAGUGACCGAUGGAAGAUGACUUGUUUCCCCCGCCCUGGACAAUCCAUAACUUGAUCGAUGUUUGUUUUUUGUUGUUGUUGUUGUUGUGGGUUUUUUUUUUGUUUGUUUAUUUUGUUUGGUUUUUUUUGGCCAGAUUCUUUUUUGCCCCAUUGAAAGUCGUCCCCAAUUUCCAAACCUGCCAUCCAAAUUUCUCCCGGCCAGUCUCGGAAUGUGUCGAAAGCCGGCCCAGGAUGUGUUUAUGGUUGUUUUGAAUCCAGAUCUAGCCCCUCCUACCUAGUCCACCCCUCCCUCCCCCUGGCCCCCCCAAUUCUCCCGGAGAUGCAAUUUCAAACACGCUACACUUCUACCAACGUGCCUUUUUAGAGUUCAUAUCAUCACACUGCGCGAGAAGGACAUUAUCAGAAUUUUUUAGGAUGCAAGCUUAGGGAAUUGUUAGUCAUUAGGUCUAUGCAGUCAGGUGUUUUAUCAGCCUGGAAUUUAAAAAAAAGUAAAAAGGUUAAAAAAAAAGGUAUUUUUUGGAUAAACUGUAUUUAAUGUACUGUAUGCCUAUAUGUAAUUAGAAGGCGUGUCCUGGACAGACCCCCGUUUUUGAGUAUUGUAAAAAUACUCUAAAUCCCCGCCCCCUCCAGAUCCCAGCCCCGCCCCCUUCCUCUCCCGACUCGCAGCCGUUUUUAUUUUUGUUUUGUAUUUUUUUGGUCGUCUGUUACCGAGCAUUGUAUCAUAGCUAUCGGCUUUUUAUGAAUAUUGGCUUGUCCGUGAGCCGCUGUAGUCUUCAGUACAAAUGUGUGGUUGUAUGUGUAAGCAAAACAAAAAAAAAAUUAAAUUUUUUUUUCUCUUUUUUAAAUCUUUCUCUUAUCCUUUUGUCUGUUUCUGGUUUCUCUGUCGGAAAAAAAAGAAAGAAAGAAAGAAAGAAAGAAAGAAAGAAAGAAAGAAAAAUGAACCCCGAGAUGCGACAGCGGCUCCUUUUUUUGUUUGUUUGUUUGUUUUUUCAGUGGUUUUCCUUAUCCAAUCAACACGAGGCACUGAAACUGGAAAAAAAAAAGUCUAUUAGAAAAUCAAUAUAUAUAAAUGUAGAAAAAAUAUAUACGAUAUAUAAAAAAAAAGAAAAGUGUCGUUUUUUUUGUUGUUUUUUCUCGGAUGGAGAGAUUCACGGGGAGAGCAGUUGCUCAGAAGCUUCAGCGCCGAUGUCGCGUCUUAAUAAAGACACCUGACUUUGUUCCGCGAUCCGACGGGAAGCCUCCGCAGGACAUUCAAACAAAAGGGACCCCCCCCCUCAUGAGGCCCACCCCCUCCCACCCACCAAACCCGGGAGGGGCCGGCCGGCCGGCUAAGGAAACAUGGACAUUUGUAAAUUUUAUGCAACAAAUGCAAACUUUAACCAUUAUUUUGAAAUUGUGUAUGUAAAAGUUAUAUUUUUACAUGUAGACUGUUGUUACUUUGUGUUUAGAUAAUUUGUUGUACUUGUUUUUGGUUUUUUCUCCUUUCUUUGUUAAAAAGGCAGGAAAAAAAGUAAUUGUGUGUUUUAAAAAACAAAAAAAAAAACAAAACAAAACAGUGUGUCACAUUGAAAAUGUAGUGAGGUCAAAAAGCUUCGAAAUCGUUUCUUUAAAAAAAAAAGUUGGUUAUAUUUCUGGGAACAUUUUUCUCUAAAAAAAAUAAAUACAAGGCGGGGUUUGGAACACAGAAAGGUAUAUGAUAUUUGUUUCAAUCUUCACGAUCACAACAUUUCCAUAUUUAACUGUACGUUUUUUUUAAAUGGUGUGUAAAUAGUCGGGGCUCGCGGAAUCUCGGUCGGGUCCUCGCUGUGUCCGAACUGAGCUGCUCAGCUCUCAACUUGCAUUCCCCUCUUAUAUCGUAAAGAUGCUCAUGGCUGAAAGCGCACAACGCUUUCUUACAUGGUGCUUCAGGGCUAGCGCUUGAGUUUCGUGUCGAGGCUGAAAGGACGUUCCUGUUCGUUACUGCGUUGAAAAUGACUUUGUUCCUAUAGUUUCGGACAGUAUUUGAAGGCUUGCUGUCGUCAUAGUGUUUCGUCGCUCAGUACAAAAAAGCUACAUUUCCAAAUUUUGCCCGACUUGUUGCUGAGAGUUGAAAGCGACGCUGUUUGUUUUCUUGUUCAUAUUGUACAUAUUUGUUCUUUUACUUUUGACCGCCACACAGAUGUAAACAUUCAUACACUCCAUAUCGCACUGUCCAACAGCCCAACCCCCGCCGGCCCUGAAGGUUCUUGAUAGGUUAAAACAUUUAGGAAGGUUGGUUUACAUUGGUUGUAAAAGAGGCAGAUCAAGCGCUAAUUUGCGUUAAAGAGUGAUCACGAUAGUCUGAAUUAGGCAUAACGUUGUCCAUAAUAAGAUCAAAGGGGCAGUCCCUUCUUAUAAAGGGGAGGAGAUUAUUAUAGUGAAUUAUCUACUUCAGUUUACCCAGUUUGAUAGUAAAUACUGGUCUGGGCAAAAACAUCAUGUUGAAUUGUAAUAACGAAGAAAUGACUUAGCGUCUAAACUUCCUUGUCAUUUUUCCCUUAAACUGUUGCUUUGUUUUUCCGACGUACUAUUUCAAAGUCACGAGUGAUCAUUUCAAGUCAUAAUACUGAGAAAAUAAGUUAUUAUUUUGACAUUUUAGACACACUUUUAGCUAGAAAAGCGAUUAGGAACAGUUGCUGUUUUGUCUUACCUGGAAACGAGCUUCCAUACAAAAAGGUGUUUAUACCGCGCUGGUCACAUGUUUAUUACGAAGCACCUUCCUUAAUCUAUUGUUAGUUCACAACCUGCUAACCUGCUACAUCAGCCACAAAAACCAGCACAAACUGUCGGCCAAUAAUUAGCGCCUGUUUUAGUAAACCUGCUUCUUUGGUUUGCAGUUUAAGGUCAAUAAAAGGGAGACUGGGAACCUAUGCAAAGCUUUUAUGGAGUAUUAUGAAUGACUACUGCCAGGUUAACGGAGUCAAAAUGCAGUAUUUUCAGUCCCUUUACACGUAGCUGUUAAACCUGAAUGGUCAAGAGAUGAUCCAGAAUUGUUUUUAAGUUAAAAGCUUCUUUACUAAACAAUGUUGUUUGCCAGCACUUCUUCCCUUAAUAUUCAUAGCUGUUUCCGAAAACUUUGGGGUAAUUUUGGACGCAUCAUAUUCCCUUUUUCCAGCCAAACCGGCGCUUCAGUUGGAAUAGGUUGUUAACAUGUAGGCAUUUAUGUGUUUGGUUGUUGUCUAGGACACAGUGUGGGCUAACCACCACCACAGUAACUUAAUGAAUAGCCAAGGUUUACGAAUUUGGCCCAAUACGUCAAAAACAGAAAAAAGGUUGCAAAUAAAGAGUUUGUUUGUUUGUUUGUUUUAUUGUUAUUUUAACUUGCAUAAACAAAAAAGAUGUGUGAAACGUCGCUAUAUUGGUCAUAUGUUUAUUACAAAGAGCCUCUGUUAAUUUGAUACGUUUUUAGUGGACAACCUGCUAAAUUGGCCACCGUGACCAGCGCAAAGUCGGUAAUUAGCGCCUGUUUUAGUAAACCUGCCCCAACGUUUUUUUUUUUGUUUGAUUUCAGUUGAACGUUAAGAAAGGAGUGAAAGAAGCUGUGUCCACUGCCAGGUCAAAACUUGCCAGCACUUUCAGGUCCAUCAUCAAAUUGAGUUUGAUUCCAUUUGUCUUCAGUGGGCAGUGAACAGUGGACAGCUCGUCAUUUGGAUUGAGUACGCAAACUUAUCCAGUCUUCCAUGCAGUAUAUAUAUAUAUAUAUAUAUAUAUCUAUAUAUAUAUAUAUAUAUAUAUACAUUCAGGAGCCUUUUAAAAAUCAUAAAAUUAUGAAAAAAUGACUAAAAAAGGAAAAAGGUGUCCAUCUAAUCGUGACAAACAAGCACAAACCUCCACAAACGAACUGACUGGAAAAUACAAAAUCAGUGAACCGACUGGAAAUCAACAGCGGGGGCACCAUGGCUUCUUUUAUAACCUGAUUAUUAUUAUCAUUAUUAUUAUUAUUAUUACCAUCAAUGGUUGUUAUUAUUUUAUUCAUUCUUCUGUAUUUGUUGAUUCAUCCUUGUGCAGUGGUUUCAGACAUGUUCAUUUCAGAGUAUUAGUCAUAUGUAAUGGUGAAAAUAUAUGAACUGUGGCCUUUUUUCAUUCUUCUUGUUACUUGUGAUGCAAUUAAGUGAAGAAAAAAAAAAGAAUAAUACAGUAAGCAGAGAAUUACCAUGUACCAGUGCCUGGC